GACCUCCCCACGCCCUACUCUAACCUCCCACCGUCAGUGUCGUCCCCACCUCCCUCCCCAGGCACCAGUCGUCGCCGCCGCCACCACCCUCCCAGCCUCUUCUUGCAGCAAGUGCUGCCGUCCCCAACCUUCCUCCCCCGGCAGAAGCACUGGCGCCCCCAACCUCCCUUCCCAGCAGAAGCUUCGCUGACCUCCUCCAGGGAUCCACUGCCGUCCUCCUCCCGCCCAAACUCGGUCAUGCGCACCGCCCCCUCUCCCUCCAGCUCGCCGCCGGCCGCCCCUCUGCUUCCACUAGGCAGCGACCUCUCUCCCCUACAUCCACCGCGAUGACGUCCUCCCUCCCCCUGGAUCCACGGCAGCGGAGGGGGCCUCCCUCCCCCUGGAUCCAUGGCAUCGUCGGUGGCCUCCCUCCCCAAUGAUCCAACGUAGCGGCAACCUCCCCUGGAUCCAUGGCAGUGGCGGCCUCCCACGCCCUAGAUCCACGACAGCAGUGAUUGUUCCUGCCACUGCUAUCCUUGAUGGUUGGAUGGGUCUCGAUGUUGGCCCAGAUUGCAUCAAGACUUUCGCCGAAGCCUUGGACACCACCAAGACUAUUAUCUGGAACUGUCCUAUGGGACUCUUCGAGUUUGAGAAGUUUGUCGCAGGCACUGAUGUAAUCGCGAAGCAGUUGGCUAAGCUUACUAGGAAGGGUGUGACGACCAUCAUUGGUGGAGGUGACUCUGUUGCUGCUGUUGAGAAGGCUGGGCUGACCGACAAGAUGAGCUACAUUUCGACCGGUGGUGGCGCGAGCUUGGAGCUGGUGGAAGGCAAGCCCCUCCCAGGAGUUCUCGCCCUUGACGAGGCAUAGGUUGAUUUGGUUUCCCCUAUCAGCUUGUUGCGUGCCCUUUUCUUUGGGAUCUCAAAUCGGUGUAACGCUGGAACAUUAUAUGGAAACUUUGAGAUAGGUUUGUGGCCAAUUUUUGCUAGUAGAUGAGUCGUGAAUGAUUAUCAACUUCCUCUGUGUGAGUGAAGUGAUGUGGCAGGAAUUUAACGUACCCCUGUGGAUGUGUAUGGUUUUAAGCUUUGCGUCUUUGUGUCCA